AUGGCUUGGGCCCCUAGCGUCAGAGGGCCACUGCUGGUGCUGCUCCUGCAGCUUGUCCUUAUUUGCUCCGCUCAAAGGAGCGAAGGACCUGUUGGCCCUCCUGGACCUGCAGGUGUCCCAGGAAUUGAUGGCAUCGAUGGGGAAAGAGGACCGGACGGCGAGGAUGGGCUCCCGGGCCCUGAUGGUGAUUCAGGUAAACCCGGCUCCUCGGGAUUACCUGGAAUUCCUGGAAAUGAUGGUCUGACCGGCCCGUUUGGAGAUGCAGGACCCGACGGUCCCUUCGGACAGAAAGGUGAACCUGGACAAUCUGGACCCCGAGGGGCAACUGGUGUUGGGCCAGAUGGACCCCCCGGACCACCUGGACCUGGAGGACUUCUGGGUGAAUUGGGAAAAGUGGGACCACUUGGGUCCAUGGGUGUGAGAGGACCACAGGGACCUAAUGGACCAACAGGGCCCAGAGGAGCAGCUGGAAUGCUCGGCAGUGCCGAACUGUGUGGAGACUCGUGUCCACCUGGGACUCCUGGACAUCCCGGCCUUCCUGGCAUGAAGGGUCACAAGGGUGUGAAAGGUGAAGGAGGAGAACCCGGGAAACAAGGGCACAAGGGUGAGGAGGGUGACCAGGGAGGUCAAGGAGAGGUCGGAUCCCAAGGAUCAACGGGCUCCCAGGGAAACCGUGGAGCCAUGGGAAUGUUGGGCCCCAAGGGAGAGAUGGGAGCUCGAGGUCAUGAUGGAGACAUAGGUGCUCAGGGUGUCAUGGGGGCAACUGGGGAUCAAGGACAGAGAGGUGUGAUGGGCGAGUUCGGGCCUAAAGGGGAAACGGGUGCUCUAGGGCCAAGAGGAAUCACAGGCGUGCCAGGUCCCAAGGGAGAGUCUGGUUUACCAGGUGUGGAUGGUCGCGAGGGUAUUCCUGGGAUGCCGGGAGCGAAGGGAGGCGUGGGGAAGGCUGGUGUUCCUGGAGAGGUUGGACUUCAGGGGUUUCCUGGUAUGCUUGGUUCUCCUGGACAAAAAGGCUUAGGUGGCCCUAAGGGAGACUUCGGUCAGUCAGGCAUCCCUGGAACAUUGGGACCUGCUGGCAAAACAGGUGAGCGUGGAGAACAAGGCGAGGUGGGACCUAUUGGACCCAUCGGUAAUGCUGGAGACAUAGGAGGAAAAGGCCCUGAAGGUUCAUCUGGAAAGCCAGGUGCCAGGGGACCCAAAGGUGACCCUGGCCUCCCCGGCCUCCCUGGUCCUUCUGGUCUUCCUGGUGUGAAAGGAGAGAGGGGGGAUCGUGGAGAAGGUGGACCCAAAGGAGAGCAGGGAUCACAAGGUGAUGAGGGAAACCCUGGCGACAAAGGAGAACUUGGUGAAUCAGGAGAAUCUGGAGCUAAAGGAGAGGGUGGAAACCCUGGCGAGUCUGGCAGGAGAGGUCCAGAGGGAAGUCGAGGUCAGCCUGGCAUCGACGGGCCUCCCGGUACACCCGGACCCCGGGGCAUGCAGGGAAACAGGGGCCAAACUGGAAUCAGAGGAUCUCAGGGGCCUGCGGGUAAAGAGCCAAGUGAUCAGCACAUCAGACAAGUUUGCAUGCGAGUCAUGCAAGAACAGCUGGCCCAGUUAGCAGCUAGCUUGAGGAGGCCAGAGUCUGGCGCAGUUGGUUUACCUGGAAAACCCGGAGCUCCAGGUUCUCAAGGGCCUCCUGGAGACAAUGGCUUCCCUGGGCAUGGUGGAGCAAGAGGCCUUCCCGGACUCAAGGGCCCACAAGGAGCCCUGGGAAAUAAAGGACCCAAAGGUGAACUGGGAGACAGAGGCUCCAGAGGGCCCACUGCACGAGGACCCAAAGGUCAGCCAGGAGCUCCGGGACUUCCUGGUGAAGCAGGCAAACCAGGCUACGGUCAGGAGGGUCGGGACGGGCAGAGGGGACCUCCCGGCACUUCUGGUCAGCACGGUGUGCCCGGGCCUCCUGGCUCAGCCGGCCCUAAUGGUUACUGCGACCCGUCGGCCUGUAACCUCCAGGCGGGGGCCGCCCACCAGUCUCUGGAUGUGAAGGGACCCGCAGGGAACUAAGAGCCACUCUGGCAGAGACAGAAAGACUGUUGGAUUAUCUCCCCCUGAGCACACAUCAUUUCUCACACUUUCUUCCCUCGGGCUGUUGGUUGUUGUGGUGCCUUCGAUCCAUUAACCUCUAGUGUCGUGAGCGUGUUCUGUGGCAGCCACAGCUCCAUCGGAAGGAGACUCAAGUAAAACAGAGAAAAAACAAGAACAUUGUUUUUUUUAUGUGCUGAAUAAAAUCCAGCUUUUUUUUUUUUCUUGUUGUAUUUUUCUACCAGAGAGAUGUUUUGAUAUAUUCAGGGUAGUGAGUUCACAUUACUGAGACGAAAUGGAAUGACCAGAAAUGUUUGUUUAUCCCACUCUCCUCCCUCUGCUUUUAUCUCCUCUUCUCCAUUUACACUUGUUUCUCACACACUACAAUUAAUGACCCAAAUCAAAUCAGGAGCAGGUUUUUCAGGUAAAAUGCCUUUUUUGCUUUCGAAUAUUUUGCUCUUUAUGUGCUAAUGUACCAAAGAUGCAGGCACCUUCAUAUUUGCUGUAAAGAUUUUUAUUUUGUUCUUGUCCGAGCAUCGUUUCAGCCUUGGAGUUUAAAAUAAAAAGGAGAGAGGACAAGAAUGCCAUCAAGUCACACUGACUUCAGUUUGUUGUAAAUCUGUAAAAAAAAUAUGUUUGAAAUGUGGUUAUAUUAUAUUUCCUACAAAACAAGCUGAUGUGAGUGUACAGAAGGAACAGAAAGAGAGCAGCUGUGCCUAUACG